AUGGCUUGGUACCACUGUCACCCGCAAGGCCGAAUUGAGCCCUGCAAAGUCAAAAUCACCUUCCACCCACCGCCGCCCCCGCCGCCGCCCCCGCCGCCGCCUUCAACAGGGGCAAACAAAUGCGAGAAGGGCGGGGAGAUUUUGGAAAGAACUGCGUCCCCUCAAUCACCUCUCACGUUCGAGUGCGGAGAAAACCGCUCUCUCAAGCCAGGUCCAUUGACACGCGUGUAUGAUGAUAGCAAUGAAGCGUGCAAGGACGAGGUGGAUCUCUCUUCACUUUUGGACGCAGAACUGACGGGGCCGCCGCCACAUAAAACUCUGGGGGAGAAGAAGUCGUACACCCUCACCGUUGAUCGACUGCCACCGAAGACGAGACGCCUGUGCUACAGGUGCGCUGUACAGUCCGACCACAGCGCCUUCAGGACUGGGAGACAAAACGAAUCGGAUGACUGUUUGGUGAAAGUGAAAAUAGAGGGCGACCCACAAGUGACAACUCCGGCACCUCCCACAACGUCUUCGGCUUUGGUCCUGGGAGGCCCAUGGACAGUGAUUUGCGCCAUCUUCGUAUCGAGCCUUUCGACGGGGGUGACCAGCGUGGACUAA